AUGUCGGCCUCUAUGCCCUCUAGCUAUCGCUCCCUCAAUCUACCAAACUCCCUGCCCCCGCUAAAUCAGUCGUGCGAGAGUUGUAGGGCGCUCAAAGUACGCUGUCUGCCGGAUCCCAACGUCCCGCGUCAAUGUCAGCGCUGUACCCGCACGAGAAGAACCUGCGUAUUUGCCCGCACGCUCCGGCGACAGCCACGGAAGAAGACUGGCUCACGAGUGGCCCAGUUGGAAAGGGACGUGCGAGAUUUGCGCUCCCUGUUACAUGACCAGAUCCGACCGGAUUCAGACCGCGGGGAAGAGGCAGAUGAUUCCGCUGCCGCUCCCGCAGUUACUGACCCUCCGGGGGCGUCUGGCCACGACGUAGCGUCCUUGCCCGCCCUCUCAUUAUCUACGCGCAUCGAGCCCCCUAGUGUCCACAAUGUCUCUGCUCAGAGUGACUCAGAUCAGCAUGCUUGGAAUCCUGCUACCGAGCCUGCUCCUGACAACAGUAGCCUGACCCCGAUGCAGUCGCCAGCUGGCUCUGGGGACGUGGUUGAUCGCGGCAUCGUAUCGCUUGACAUGGCGCAAACAUUGGUCUCAUUCUUCAUCAACGAACAGAUGCAACUCUACCCUAUGGUUGUGCUGCCAUCAAACACAACUGCGGAAUCGUUGCGCAGAACGAGCCCGGUGCUUUUCCUGUCUAUUCUAGCUGCUGCCUCAUUGACCUUAGAUCCUCACCUGGCGGAGACUUUGAAUGAGGAGAUGCUCAAGGUAUAUGCAGAACGUUUUUUCCUCAGGCAGGAAAAGUCACUGGAGCUGAUUCAAUCAAUCCUCUUGAUGCUUAUCUUUUACUUUCCCCCAAAGUCACGUUUGCAGGGUCAAUAUUACCAAUAUACACACAUUGCGACCACCAUGACUCUAGAGCUUGGUAUAGCAGCUGGACCAGCGGGACGAAAAAAUUACCGCUGUCAUGGCGGAUAUGGUGAUUUACCAGCUUUCAUCCAUAGUGCCCAGGCGCGUGCCGUACUGGGCUGCUAUCACUUCGCGUCCAACAUAGGGAUUCGAACGCAUCGACCGAAUAUGCUCCGUUUCAAUGAUGUGAUAGACGGGUACAUACACCACCUGAGAGAAUCUACAAUCGCCCUAGAUCAGCAACUAGCAACAUGGUUUGGCCUUCAGCGGAUCGUUGACGAUACACUAUCCUCACUGGGCCACGACGAUACCCUAGUGGAUGUUUCCCUUCGUGAGUCGCAGAUGCUUCCAAUCCUGAAUUGGUUCGAUUCUCGAAUGCUUCAUUGGAAGAGGACGACCCCGAAAAACAUGCUCACAACAUGGGUGAACCUGGAAUAUCACCACAUGUACCUCGCCAUCUACGAACUUGCCGCUGGUGAAAGCUACCGCGACCCCGACGCUCCAACCCGCAAAUACUACACCCUCCCACCCUUAGAAGGGGACAUGGAAAGACACAAAGCAAACGCACCUAUAACGGCUGCACGGGUCCAUAUAAUAACGAAGUGGCUGCUGGCCUCCCACCAGAUGCUAGACGCCUUCUUAGAAUGCGACACCUCUACCUUGCGCAAGCUACCUAACAUGACCUACACGCGAAUGAUCCUGGGCAUCUCAUCCCUACUUCGGAUAUACCACACGGCCCAAUUCGGCCCUCUAGGUGAAGUGGUCUCUUCCCAGAUGAUGGACGUUGACGGUUACCUGGACCGCGUCGGACAAGCUCUAUUACGAGCGAGUGGAGAGCAGAAGUACCGCGUCCCGAGCAAAUGGUAUCACGUUGUUGCGAUCAAAAAUAGAGAGUGGUUUGAACAGAUCCAGAAACGGAUAAUUGCUCGCCCGAGUGAUACACAUACCUAUCUACGCGGCGGAGUUCCUCCACCAGCGUCGGGUGUCCCCAUGUUGGACCCUCACCGUGGCCCAGGCUCAGCUGCCAUACUACCCUCGCUCGGGAGUGGCAUGGCGGGUCCCGCAUAUGCUGAACCGUGGUAUGUAGACGAUGCCGCGGGAAGGGUUGAUCCGUCACGGCCCUUCCCUGCUGUGAACGCACCAGUCUUGUAUAUGGGACAGAUGCAGCCAGUAGAAGGGGAUAUCGGGGAGAGCACUUUUCCAUUACCAGUGGGUGACGAACCGUGGCGGUUGAAUGAGUCGAUGCAAGAUAGCGUGCCAUUCCCAUAUUGAUGCCGGCAUGUCUUACAUUUGGCCUAAACGGUCUAAAGGUUGAUGCCAAUGACUUACCCAAUAUGACCUGUAAAUACAUGACUGCUACAAUAACAAGGACGAGUCUGGUGCGAGC